AAAACCCCUCUCUCUAAAAUCAUCAUCAUCAACCUCACUCUGUCUCUCUCUCUCUCUGCCUCGAAGGAAAAGAAAAGAAAAGAAAAGAAAAAACCCUCUUCUACUGUAAUAGAGAGAGAGAGAGAGGGUGUGAUAUUUGUAGACAGAGAGGUUGUGAUAUUUGUGUAGAGAGAGAGAGAGAGAGAGAGAGUGAGAUGUUCAGGAACCAGUAUGAUACAGAUGUGACGACAUGGAGUCCGCAAGGGCGGCUCUUCCAGGUUGAGUACGCGAUGGAGGCUGUGAAGCAAGGGUCGGCGGCCAUUGGUCUCCGAUCCAAGUCUCAUGUUGUGUUGGCCUCUGUGAAUAAGGCUCAGUCCGAGCUCUCUUCCCACCAGAAGAAGAUCUUCAAGGUCGACGAGCACAUCGGAGUCGCAAUCGCCGGACUCACUGCCGAUGGACGUGUCCUCUCUCGCUACAUGCGAUCCGAAUGUAUCAAUUACACCUACACCUACGACUCUCCCCUCCCAGUCGGCCGACUCGUCGUUCAGCUCGCUGACAAGGCCCAGGUUUGUACCCAGCGCUCAUGGAAACGGCCUUAUGGAGUUGGUUUGCUGGUUGCUGGCUUGGAUGAAUCUGGGGCUCACCUCUACUACAAUUGCCCAAGUGGAAACUACUUUGAAUAUCAAGCUUUUGCCAUUGGAUCUCGCUCACAAGCCGCAAAGACAUACUUGGAACGCAGGUUUGAGAGUUUCAUGAGCUCUUCACGGGAAGAUCUACUCAAAGAUGCACUCUUUGCAUUGAGGGAAACUUUACAGGGAGAAAAGCUCAAGAGCUCCAUAUGCACAGUUUCUGUGGUAGGUGUAGGAGAGGCAUUCCAUAUGUUGGAUAAUGAAACUGUACAAUCAUUGAUCGAUGCAUUUGAAAUAGUCGGGGAAGAAGUUCCUCCUGCUACUGAAGAAGGUGAUGCCAGUAAACCUGCUGCGGAUCAAGGUGCCCUGGCCCCGGCUGAUGAAGGUGCGGCUCCGAUGGAUAUUUGAGGGUGCAAGUGCUGUCAGAAGAUUUGCCAUUCUUGUCAUAGUAAAAGGGUUUUUAGAUAUUUGCAGAAUGAGGUCAUGGAAUGUGGAUUGUGUUAUGAACAACAUGAUUUCUUGUCAGAUAAUUUGUUUUGCUAUGCAACUCAUCUAUCUUCCUUCAGUACAGACAUUUUAAACCUUGCCUCUGUUGAAUCAAGUUUACAUUUAUACCUGGAUACAAUUGACUGAGGUGAUUGGUUGGC